GCAGCUCGGCGCGGGCAUGGACGCGGAGUACCCUGCCUUCGAGCCGCCGCUCUGCAACGGCCUCAAGCAGCUCUGCCAGCGGCUGCAGGAGGCGUACCGCGAGCUCAAGGAGGACCUCGCGCCGUUCAAGGAUGACCGCUACUACAGGCUGGCGCCCAUGCGGCUCUACACCCUCUCCAAGCGCCACUUUGUCCUCGUGUUUGUCGUUUUCUUCCUCUGUUUUGGACUGACCGUCUUCGUUGGGAUCAAGGGACCCAGAGUGAUCCAGCAGUCAGCUGCUAAUUUCUCACUAAAUAACAGCAGAAAGCUAAGGCAGAUUCAAAUACAUUCAAACCCACUGUCUACAUAUAACCAGCAACUAUGGCUGACAUGUGUGGUCGAGCUGGAGCCCUCAGAAGAAACGUCUAUUCAAACCAGCUUUUCCAUGACUGUGAAAGUCAAUGGUGUGGCUCAAGACGGAACCACGAUCUACAUUCAUAACAAGGUUCACAAUCGAACGAGGACCCUCACAUGCGCAGGGAAAUGUGCGGAAAUCAUUGUGGCCCACCUUGGCUACCUGAAUUACACGCAGUACACAGUGACCGUGGGAUUUGAGCACCUGAACCAGCCCAUCAGGGAGAUGAACUUCACGUGGAAGACGUACAACCCUACGUUUUCCCAGCUGGAGAUCUGGUUCCGCUUUGUGUUUGUGGUGCUCACCUUCAUCGUCACUUGCCUGUUUGCGCAUUCCCUGCGCAAGUUCUCCAUGAGAGACUGGGGCAUCGAGCAGAAGUGGAUGUCGGUCCUCCUGCCGCUGCUGCUGCUCUACAACGACCCGUUCUUCCCGCUCUCCUUCCUGGUGAACAGCUGGUUCCCGGGGAUGCUGGAUGACUUCUUCCAGUCUCUGUUCCUGUGUGCUCUGCUGCUCUUCUGGCUGUGCGUGUACCAUGGGAUACGGGUCCAGGGAGAAAGAAAAUGCUUAACCUUCUAUUUGCCUAAAUUCUUCAUCGUUGGACUGCUGUGGCUGGCUUCCGUUACACUGGGAAUAUGGCAGACACACCUGGUCUCACCUCAGCUAUCUCCUUUAUUCCAGGGCAUGAAGGUUUUCUUCAUGGUGGUAGCCGCCCUGUACAUUUUGUACCUCCUGUUCUUGGUAGUGCGGGCAUGCUCUGAGCUUCGUCACAUGCCUUACGUGGACCUCAGGUUAAAGUUCUUGACCGCAUUAACCUUUGUGGUGCUUGUUAUUAGCAUCGUCAUCCUCUACCUAAGGUUUGGAGCACAAGUGUUGCAAGACAACUUUGUAGCAGAACUGUCGGCUCACUACCAGAACUCAGCGGAAUUCCUGUCUUUCUACGGCCUGCUGAACUUUUACCUGUACACGCUGGCCUUUGUGUACUCUCCAUCCAAGAAUGCGCUGUAUGAGUCGCAGCUAAAAGACAACCCUGCCUUUUCCAUGCUGAACGACUCUGAUGAUGAUGUGAUUUACGGGAGCGACUAUGAAGAAAUGCCUCUCCAGAACGGCCAGGCCAUCCGGGCCAAGUACAAGGAGGAGUCGGACAGUGACUGAGCCCCGGCAGCAGGCGGGACAGCACGGGGGCCGGAGGUUUCCCUAGUGACGUGUCCUGGUCCUUCUGCCUGUGUGUGUCUGGACUCUUCCUGGAAGCAAAGGUUUCCUGUUCCUUAUUUGUUUACAUAUUUUUAAAAAGAAAAACCAAAAGGAUUGAGAUGUGUGGUUGGAGUCUGCUGUUGGGUAGCUCCACUAUUCCCCAAGAGGCUGCCUGGUAGCGAACCCAAAGGCAGAUCCUUUCACAGAGAUACUGGACGAGACAAAGUCUGUGUGCGAUCAUGAGGAGAAAUUACCCAUUUUAAUAAAAAGAAUUAUGUACUUUUUCCUCUUAAAAAGCAAUUUGCUAACUCUGAGUUGGUGGGAGGCCUGAUGACCGAGGUCCCAGCAUGGCAGUCUCUUCUCCAGGGCUCCUUUCUGUAGCACUCUACCCUCAGUGUGGAGCUGGGCCCGCACCUGCCUCGGGUGAGCAGACUGCCUCCAUCUCCACAGACACGAGUGGUCAGAGCGCUGACUCCCGAGCAUCUGGAAUGAUGGCCUUGAUGGCAUCUGGUGAGCCAUGCACAAUGUAGCUGUCAGGAAUGGUGGGUAGCUAGGUGGCAGUCCACCACUGCCCCGGAGCAGUUGAGUCAGGGUGUGUGUGUGUGUGCACAUGUGGGUGCCAGACUGGAGGAAGCCAAGGUGUCUACAAGUCAGUAGUCCUGUAGGCAAGGUCUUAUGCCACGGUGCUUUUGAAGGGUCUGUGUCCAAUGUCAGCAUACACGAUAGGAUUGGGUCUUCUCUUCCUGUGGUAAGGAUGGAAAACAGGGUGCCCUUCCCAGUCCAAGAGUUUCUGCAACUCCACUGAAUUGUGAAACCCCAAAGAGUUCUGGCUUGGUUUUUUUUGUUUUUAAUGAAAGCUAUGUAAAAUACUACUGUAUCAGAAAUUCUUUAUUACCAAAAGUUUUCAGUUUAACAUUUGGAACUAAAAUGAAGACAAAGUUAAACAUUCUGAAUGGCUAUGGAGACCCCUUCAGAUGAAGGAACUUACUUGACGGUCGUUCUGUCCUUGGAGUGUUGCUGUAGAAAAGGGAUGUCACCCGCACUAGUGCAGUUCAACACUGGAAGUCCCGUGCGUGUCGCUGUUCUCCAUCACACUCCAUGGAGCCUCCCACCAACACCUUGGUGAACGCCUGCAAACCCAGAGGCCCAGGAACAGCUGCUCGUGUUCCCUUCAUCUAUGCACCAACUCAGAUUUCUGCUCUGAGCUGCAGGUUACUGCCCAGGGAUGCCUGGAGACGUCACUCUGCCUGCCCGUCUUCUUAAACGUCAGUGUACUUUAGUACGGAUUCCAUGUGCAUUGUUUAAAAAGAACCUUACAAAUAGGAACAUUUGAAUGAAAACUCUAGCUGCAAGGUGACAAGUUUACAUGAUCCUGACACUUGCAGCGCUGUGAUCCCCGAGUCGGUGUUCUCAGAGGUUGUUACCAACACCAGCUCCUAACAGACCACUGCAGCUGCUGUCUUCUAGACACUGACUUGUGCUGAUUUCAAGACGUUCCAAUAUGUGAUAGUUUACAUGCUUUGAUCAUUAUAAAAAAUUCUCCAUGAUUUAGGAUGCUGUUUAUCAGUGUAAGGUAUUUUAAGCAUUUAUGUAGACUUGUGGACUUUUAAUUCUGCCCUGCAGUAUAAUUAUAGACUGAUCCUCGUGUCUGUGGAACUAAAAUAAGGGAAUGAUUUUUUUGUUGUUGUUGGAAAUAGGAAUUACAAAGAAGCACCUAAGGGGAAGUGGUCAUGAAACUGUUUUCACACUUUCCUCCCUUGCGUCAUGCACAAUCAUGGAUUAUAAGCUGUGUAGACUCUGCCUACAGAUCUAGAGACUUGGGUGGGCAGACUGAAGCUGUAGGUCUUAGGGUCAAACACUAACCAGAAACUUUUGAUAGUAAUGAGAAGAUUGUUUUGCUCUAAGGGAAUUAAAGUUUUAUAAAUUUAAGUUA